AGUCGGAUGAUCUUCAGUUGAACGUUUGUAGUUGGAGAGUGAAUAUGUACGAGUGAUUACCAUCGGAAAGUAGGUCUUUAGACCUUAAUGAAUAUAGACAAGGGUCUUAAAGGUUUUAUUUUGGAUAUUGGUCUCAUAUUGAGCGACAGUUAAAAGGCAGCCAAAUCUUUGUGCAAUAUUUUUACUUGGAUUGAUCGACUACAAAGCCUCAAUGCCUGGAAUAAUGAUUGACGUGGAUUCUCAGUAUUGCCCCUCCCCAAGACGACCCAACAGCCUGGAGUUGACCAGCUGCUUGACCCUGGAAAUGGACAACGACCUGGAGAAUAACAACAAUUCUAUCAAUGACAACAACAACACAAGUCCAUUUAACAGAAAUCACAACUCGUCUCGAAAUAAGAAGAAAAGAAGGAGGGCAGCUGACAUACCAGAAAAGCAAUUUAAAGACCUUUACAGACCAACUGGGGAAAUGCUUGGGAAUGGAUCUUAUGCAUCUGUACAAACUUACAAAAAUAUCCACACCAACAAGGAGUAUGCAGUUAAGAUCAUAGAAAAAGAUAAUGGAAGAUCAAGAAGCAAAGUUUUCAAAGAGAUUGAGAUAUUCCAUUUGUGCCAAGGACACGAUAACAUCUUGCAGCUAUAUGAAUAUUUUGAAGAGGCUGAGCGGUUCUACCUUGUGUUUGAUAAAAUGCAAGGAGGUACCCUUCUCGCCAACAUCGAACGACGAGGUCACUUGACCGAGAGUGAAGCAAGUUUGGUUGUUCGUGACAUUGCAAGAGCUUUAGAUUUUCUUCACCGGAAAGGAAUUGCUCAUAGGGAUUUAAAACCUGAAAACAUUUUGUGUGAAAAAACUGAUGAGGUGGUACCUAUCCGAAUCUGUGACUUUGACCUUGCCAGUGGAGUUCCAGUCAGUCAGAAUGACAACUGUACCACCCCUGAACUACUCACCCCCGUUGGUUCAGCCGAGUACAUGGCACCUGAAGUUGUGGAUGCCUGGGUGGGGGAGUCUUUUAAAUACGACAAAAAAUGUGAUCUGUGGAGUCUUGGAACUAUAUUGUAUAUCAUGCUGUGUGGGUGCCCCCCAUUUUAUGGUCAGUGUGGCGAAGAUUGUGGAUGGGAGAGAGGAGAGACUUGCCAAGACUGUCAGGACAGUCUCUUCACCAGGAUCCAGGAUGGCAUCUUUGAGUUUCCAGAAAAUGAGUGGAGUGACAUCUCUGAAGAAGCCAAGGAUUUGAUCCGUAAACUGUUAGUUAGGGAACCCAGAAAGAGACUGUCAGCUGUGGAGGUUCUUCACCACCCCUGGGUCCAGUCUCCUCCUGCAGCCACUCCCUUGGCAACACCCAGAGUGCUUACCAGAAACAACAGUACUAAAGACCUGGAAUGCUUUGCCAGCGAAGCGAUAUCCAUCAACCGCAUGAUGCAGCAACACUUGUUGAUAUCGGAACCAGCCUCCUUUUUCAUUGGCAACAGAGAUGGCGAUUUGCUGGAGGAGUCUGAAGAGACAGAUUCCGGAGAUGACCUCUUUGUGCCCUCCAUCAAACUUUCCCCUCCCUGUUCAGGACUUGCCAAACGACGCACAUGUACUACAAUGCAUAAUCUGAACACAUCAGGCGAACAGAGUGACAGUGUUGACUCUUUUCCCAGUUCACAUUCCUCCACCUAUGGCUUGAGUGUGUAGUCAUUUUUAUCAUUUCCAUUCAAGACAUUCUUUCAUAGAAACUAUUCAGGGAUCUUGCGUUUUUUCAAAGUAUAUUUAGCUAUGUUAAAAACAAUUUAAUAGCAGAAAAGAAAAGAUAUCCAAUGUCUUUCAAGUCUAUAUAGAAAAAUAAUAUUGAGACAUAUUGUCUUCAUUGUGAGAGAGGGAUUGAUUAGAGAAAGAUGGAAGAUUGAAAACAACAGAAGAGUGCUCUAAACGAAUAAGCAAUCAAAGAAAUCAAUGUAAGUUUGUGUGUGUGUAUGAAUGUUUGAAAAAUUUAUGAAUGAAGGGAAUUGAAAGGAAGUGGAAAGAGUACUUAAUGGUUGUGAAAAUGAGAUUAGUAUUUUUUCAAGUACAUUUCUUUUCUGAAAUGUUAACAUUGUUAUAUUUUUUAGUGUCCAUGUGUUCGAUUUUAUCUGUUUUUUCAUGUUUCCAUUUGUAUUUUUACAGUUAUUGCAUAGAAAUGAUUUUAAAUUGAAGCAGUCUUAUUUCUAGGACUUAGCAAUUUGUAGAUUUCCAAAUUUUCUUCUAUAGCACUCUUGUUUAAGAGGCAUUGUUUUGAUUUUUUUGUAUUGAAAACCAGUAAUACUUUUCCCAAUUUCUAAAUAUGAACAAAACCAUGUUUUUGAUAUUACUACUAACUUUCAAAAAAUAUCUUCAUUCAGAAAUGUUAAACUUUAUAUGUCAUAUUGGUGCCAUUAUAAUUUGUGCAUAGAGAAUUGUUCAUGCUAGAAGCAAGACACAAUGUAUGUCUGAGGAUCUAAGGCCUGGAAAAAGUUGAAAUCCGUCAUUGUUAUACAAUAUUAUACCUCUUGUCUUUGUCAAUGUCCAUGUGCUAAAAUUAGUCAAAAAGGAAUUCCUGGAUGGCAACAGGAUUUUCAUGUGAUAUUUAACUCAUCAAAUGACUGUGGUGUUAAAGAGAAGACUGCCUUGUAUUUGAGCUUGUUGUUGCCAAUAUUUGUUUGAAGAAAAAAAUAUUGUUUAAAAAAAGUGCAUUUUAUAUGCGAGCUUGUUAUUCAUGUUUUAGUUAACCAAUUUUUUCAAAUCUGUAUGUUUUGUUUUAUAUAGAAAAUUCAACAGAUAUCAUUUUUCAUGAAAAAAAGGUACAUCAUUUUUACAAAAAUCCUUUAAAAUGGAUCCCUUGUAAUAUGGUAGGUUGGGUGGGGGUGAAAAGAAUUUAUAAAUAAGACUGUUACCAUCAGGUUAAGUGUCAAGUCAUGGUUUGAUAAUGAAGUAUACCUCUGAAAACGAAAAGAUUGGCAUGCUAAGAUCUGGAAUUUUUAUGUUUAGGUUGGCCAUGUUCAUUGACGUCCUUGCAAGCCUUGGAUCUCAAAGUAUGGUUAUUGUUUGAAGUCUUGCAUGGAAUCUCUGGGCAUGGUAUCUUGUCCUCUUUUUUUUUUUGGAUGCUGAACGGGUUUUAUAUUUUGUAUGGUGUAUUAAGAAAGUGCUGCUGUGCUUGGAUCAAAGCCGGCGAUGACAAACACAUUGUGCCACGUGAUUAAAAACAAAUCUAUAUUGAAUCAGCUUUGUGCUAUAUUUUUGUGAUUUUAAAGUUUUUUUUUCUCUUAAAAUUUCCUGAGGAAAUUUAUGGACAACUUUUGCAAUGCUCAAUAACCAUGUGUUCUGAUUUGCAUUCCAUACGUGAUUGUAUGAUGUUCAUUAAUAACUGGAAUAAGACAAAUCAAAGUUUUUUACAUAGAAAUUAAAAUUUACUUCAUUUAGACUAAGAAAUUAAAAAUUCAACCUUUUAAUUUGUUUGAAGUGCAAUUUUAUUGUUAAAAUUUAGGAAAUAAAUGAAGGUAUCUCAAUGAUUUAUGUUCAUAAAUAUGGCGAAGAGUUUAGGAAAUGAUCCUGCUUGUUCUGUUUUGACUUUUAGUAAAGCCAAUGUUUUCAACACUGUGUUUAUGGACCAGAAUUGUUGAUAUACUGAAGCUUGUCAAAGUGACUUGUAAAACUCAGUCAUGAUGCAUUUCAAAAAUAAAGAAAAUAAAAUUUUA